GCCCCUGAUACUCUCCUCGAGUAACUGACAUGGUUUACUGCAGAGGAGCUCACACCAAGCAGCACCGAAAUCAACUGUAGCAGACCUCAGAGAAAAUAACACCAUGGCUACUUACGCUAGCAUGUGCUACCGCUUGUUUGAUAGACAUACAAGUUCAACACAUUACAGAAAACUCUUCGUCCAAAGCUUAAACGGGAACAUUCAGCGACCCUAUUCCGGUGCUACGCACAAGGAAAAUGAACUUGAACUUGGAGACCAGACCGCUUCAUCUGCUCCCAACUUCGCCACAUCUCUGAAAACCAGGUCAAGCCAGGAGAGGCUAAGAGAGGAGAGCACACUUCCCUUUUCAGCAUUCUUGACUGACAACUUUGGCCGGAGGCACAGCUACCUGCGCAUGUCCCUGACUGAGAAAUGCAACCUGCGCUGUCAGUACUGCAUGCCAGAGGACGGGGUGAAGCUUACACCACGGAGCCAACUGCUGUCCACCUCCGAAGUACUAACACUGGCUCGCCUCUUCGUCAAGGAGGGGGUGGAGAAAAUCCGCCUCACUGGAGGAGAGCCCCUCAUCAGACCUGAUGUGCUGGAUAUCAUUGCAGAACUAAGGAAGUUGGAGGGUCUGAAAACCAUUGCUGUAACAACCAACGGCAUGAAUUUGGUCAGGCUUCUGCCUAAGCUUAAAGAUGCUGGCCUCGACCUGAUAAACAUCAGCCUGGAUUCCCUGGUCCCUGCCAAAUUCGAGUUUAUUGUCAGGCGGAAAGGGUUCCACAAAGUCAUGGAGGGCAUAAAUAAGGCCAUAGAAAUGGGCUACAACCCAGUCAAGGUUAACUGCGUGGUCAUGCGAGGCCUCAACGAGGAUGAGCUGCUAGAUUUUGUGGCACUGACAGAGAAGAAGCCUCUGGAGGUGCGCUUCAUCGAAUACAUGCCCUUUGAUGGCAACAAGUGGAACUUCAAGAAGAUGGUGAGUUACCAGGAGAUGCUGGACCACAUCAAGCAGCAGUGGCCCAACCUGGAAAAGUUUCAAACUGGACAAACAGAAACUGCCAAGAUGUUUAAAGUGCCGGGCUUCAAAGGUCAGGUGGGCUUCAUCACCUCCAUGUCUGACCAUUUCUGUGGCUCCUGCAACCGUUUACGAAUCACUGCAGAUGGCAGCCUAAAGGUGUGUCUGUUUGGGAACUCUGAGGUGUCUCUGCGAGAUGUUUUGCGCUCCGGGGCAUCAAAUGAAGAGCUACUGCAAAUCAUUGGAGCCGCUGUUGGCCGGAAGAAGAAACAACACGCAGGCAUGUUCAGUAUCUCCCAGAUGAAGAACAGGCCUAUGAUUCUCAUUGGUGGGUGACAUGGCUGUACCACAUCCCAAAAGC